UGGUAUUGAGCAUUAUCUCCAUGUGGUCCAAGGAAAGGGAGCUGCAAGCUCUUCUGGAAGAAAUCUCCAGCAUUACACACUUCUGUUGUAUAGCUCAUAAUGCCUGUACAAUUAAAUGUUAAUGUUGGGAAAAUGAAAGAAUUAUUCUUUAAGCUUUUGCAGUGUUUUGUGCCCGUGAAACUGUUUUAUGUGCUCUGAAAGUGGCAAAAAAGGCAGGCAUUUUUACUGGUUUCUCAGAGUGAAUUACACUGAUAUUCUUUUUGAAAUACGCCCAUGGCCACGUGUUCAAUGUCUGUUCUUCAAAUAAGAAAAUGUCUCAGGUCAGGGACAUUUGUAGGUUAUGGUUUAAUUAAUGAUUAUUCUGGUCCAUAUGACUGACCUACCAUCACUAGCUCCUGUUUUGAAAUGUGAUGUUUAUGCAGUUUUAUUUUGCAAUGUUUUAGCACAAGUUUCAAGGGCCCCAGCAUGUGGAAACAAUGUGACAGUGCUUUAAAGUCAGGCGGGCGGGCGGGCGGCACACUCAUAAAGAAAGGGGCAAAGCUAGGAAGAUCUGCUUCUGUUUCAAGGGCUUCCUUUGUUUUUCUGUUUCAACAGCCCCUUAAAAUGUGUGAUGCAUAUUGUAAGCAGUCGAAGGAGAUUUUGGUGCUAACAAAUGGAUGACUGACAUUUUUCUGUGUGGCUAAGAGGCGGCAGUACCUGUCCAAAGAUCACUAUCGGUCCGUCCUUUUUGAAAAGCAGCACAACCACCCUGGUGGAUCAGAAUGUAUCUGACAAAGAGGCUCAGGGAAUAAAUGGAAAAACGCCAGCAAAACACUCAACUGCAAGUCCAAAGCCACAAGUGCCUCCAAAGCCAUUACAUCUGCAGAAUUCACCUCUGUCUGGUAUACACCAAAUCCCUAAGCAUAAAGCUUUAUCUAGUGCAGCACCCAGGAUGGAGGAAGUUAAACCUGCCUCUACUUCUUGUGUGUCAAAAGAAAAAUCCAGUAAAAUAUCAGAUCUCAUCAGUCGCUUUGAAGGAGGCAGCACAUUAUCAAAUUACGGUGAUUUAAAGAAAAAUCCAGCUAUGAACCUGAAUGCUCCCAGAAUCCCGGGAAGGCAUGGAUUGACCACCACACCUCAGCAAACACUCUUCUCCCAGCACCCGCCCCAGAGGCAGGGAAAUGAUCCCAAACCAACUCAGGGUGUACAGACUUGUGUGGCUAAUGGUGUAAUGGAGGCACAACACCAGGUGGAAGGUGAGGAGGAUAAAGUGGCCACUAUUAGCUCAGAUACUCCUAUGACUCCUAGUCAGACCUCUGAACCCUUGCUUGAUAUGAACUUAGUGAAUGGAGCAAGGGACGAAAGUACCACGGGCCCUGCCUCACCCACGACAAAUGACAGUGAUGGAAAUGCUUCUGACAGUAGCUGCAGGACUCCAAGUGUGGACCCAGCCCUCCCCCUGGAAGAAGGAAGGGCGGACACAGAAGCCCAGGGCCCAGAAGGGGGAAAUGAAGAAAGCCCCCAGGAACUGCAACAGCUGGAGCAGCACCAUGAGAUGAAGGAGACAAAUGAGCAAAAGCUUCACAACAUAGCCAAUGAACUUUUGCUUACAGAAAGAGCUUAUGUCAACCGACUUGACCUCUUAGAUCAGGUAUUUUAUUGCAAACUAUUGGAAGAGGCAAAUCGAGGCUCAUUUCCAGCAGAGAUGGUGAACAAAAUCUUUUCUAAUAUUUCAUCAAUAAAUGCCUUCCAUAGUAAAUUCCUAUUGCCAGAACUGGAGAAACGAAUGCAAGAAUGGGAAACUACCCCUAGAAUUGGUGACAUCCUUCAAAAAUUGGCGCCAUUUCUUAAGAUGUAUGGAGAAUAUGUGAAAGGAUUUGAUAAUGCGAUGGAAUUGGUUAAAAACAUGACUGAGCGCAUUCCCCAGUUCAAAUCAGUAGUUGAAGAAAUUCAGAAACAGAAGAUCUGUGGGAACUUGACCUUGCAGCACCACAUGCUUGAACCCGUUCAGCGGAUUCCCCGCUAUGAGAUGCUCCUUAAGGACUACCUGCGGAAAUUGCCCCCUGACUCUCCAGAUUGUAAUGAUGCUCAAAAAUCACUUGAAAUUAUAUCUACAGCAGCAAGCCAUUCCAAUAGUGCAAUAAGAAAAAUGGAGAACCUAAAGAAACUCUUAGAGAUUUAUGAAAUGUUGGGAGAAGAAGAAGACAUUGUAAAUCCAUCCAAUGAACUAAUAAAAGAAGGACAGAUCCUUAAACUAGCUGCCCGGAACACAUCAGCACAGGAACGCUACCUUUUCUUAUUCAACAACAUGUUGCUGUACUGUGUGCCAAGAUUCAGCCUCGUGGGCUCUAAAUUCACAGUUCGAACCAGGGUGGGCAUAGACGGAAUGCAAAUUGUAGAGACUCACAAUGAGGGAUAUCCGCACACUUUCCAGGUGUCUGGGAAAGAGAGAACACUGGAACUGCAAGCCAGUUCUGAACAAGACAAAGAAGAAUGGAUCAAGGCUCUUCAAGAGACUAUUGAUGCUUUCCAGCAGAGGCAUGAAACCUUCAGAAAUGCAAUUGCAAAGGAUUGUGACAUUCAAUCAGAGUUUUCUACUGCUGAGCUAGGGAAAAGAGCCCCAAGAUGGAUCCGAGAUAAUGAAGUAACGAUGUGUAUGAAAUGCAAAGAGCCUUUCAACGCACUGACAAGGAGAAGGCACCACUGUCGAGCAUGUGGACACGUGGUUUGUUGGAAAUGCUCUGAUUACAAAGCGCAAUUGGAAUAUGAUGGUGGUAAACUGAGCAAAGUUUGUAAAGACUGUUACCAGAUAAUAAGUGGAUUCGCAGACAGCGAAGAAAAGAAAAGAAAAGGCAUUUUAGAGAUUGAAUCAGCAGAAGUAUCUGGAAACAGUGUUUUAUGCAGCGUUCUGCAGUAUAUGGAGAAGUCAAAACCUUGGCAGAAAGCUUGGUGUGUGAUCCCCAAACAAGACCCCCUUGUGCUGUACAUGUAUGGUGCCCCCCAGGAUGUCAGGGCCCAGGCCACCAUUCCACUUCUGGGCUAUACUGUGGACGAUAUGCCAAGGAGCACAGAUCUGCCACACAGUUUCAAACUGACCCAAUCCAAGUCUGUGCACAGCUUUGCUGCGGACAGCGAGGAACUGAAACAGAAGUGGCUGAAAAUCAUCCAUCUAGCUGUCACAGGUGAGACGCCAGAUGGUCCUAACGAGCAUUCAGCUACCUUGGACGAUUAUCCUGAACCUAAAAAAACAUCCGAAUGCUGAACUCCAGUACCCACCACAGUGUGGGGGUCUCAAGAUUCACAGCUCAAGACAUUCCCAGCUCUCCUUGUUCGUCUCUUAGCACUUUAUGUUGGAAAUUAGAGGCUCAUAAAUGUAUCUGGUAGGGGACUAUUUUCCUAUGUUUAUGUACUCUUGGUGAAGUUAAUGUGCAGAGCCAUUCUACAGAUAAAAGUUGGAAAUAAUGUGAAAAAUGGAGCAUUUUUUAAUGAGCUAUUCCUUGAAUACGUACUUUUGUCAAAUGGUAUCAAUUGAUUGUAUCACUAUCAGGUUAGAAUAGGCCACUUUCAUUGAAGAAAUAUUUUCAUGUCUUCUCUUUCACAUGUAGGAACUGUAACAGUUUGAAAGAUGUACCUCCAUGUUGCCAAAAUAGAUUCAUGGUUUAAAAAAUUAUAAGGACAGCCCUGGUCGGUUCGGCUCAGUAGUUAAAGCGUUGGCCCACAGACCAAAGAGUCGCAGGUUCGAUUUCGG